AUGGCUGGUCAAUCAAAGCCUGUGCUCUCGCCAUGGGGUAGUGCCGUGGCGGGCGCGACCGGUGCCGUCCUCGCCAAUGCCAUGGUCUAUCCGCUUGAUCUUAUCAAGACGAAGCUGCAGGUACAGGUGAAGGAGGCCGCCGGAGCCGAAAAGUCGGAAGAUGUCGAACACUAUAAGUCGACCAUGGACGCCAUCGUCAAGAUCGUGGAGAAGGAGGGCGCCGCCGGGUUAUAUUCUGGAAUUGCCGGCGCGCUCAUCGGUGUUGCGUCGACCAACUUCGCCUACUUCUAUUGGUACAGCGUCGUGCGGACUCUCUACAUGGCCUCCAAUAAGGUGCCGAAGCCACCGGGCACCAUGAUUGAGCUCAGUCUGGGUGCCGCGGCUGGUGCUGUGGCGCAGAUCUUCACCAUCCCUGUGGCCGUCAUCACGACCCGGCAACAAACGCAGCCGAAGGGGGAGAGGAAGGGCUUGUUGGAGACGGGCCGCGAGGUUGUGGAGAGCGAGGACGGCUGGACCGGCCUGUGGCGCGGUUUGAAGGCGAGCUUGAUCCUGGUUGUCAACCCGGCCAUCACCUAUGGUGCAUACCAGCGCCUGAAGGAUAUCUUUUUCGCGGGCAGGACCAAUCUCAAGCCGUGGGAGGCAUUUAUGCUCGGUGCCAUGUCCAAGGCUCUCGCUACCAUUGCGACCCAACCUCUGAUCGUCGCCAAAGUCGGUCUGCAGUCUCGCCCGCCGCCCGGCCGACAGGGUAAGCCGUUCAAGACUUUCGGGGAAGUCAUGCGGUAUAUUGUGAAGAACGAAGGUCUGCUGUCCCUGUUCAAGGGCAUUGGGCCCCAGAUUACGAAGGGUCUGUUGGUGCAGGGCCUUCUGAUGAUGACCAAGGAGAGAAUGGAGCUCAUGUUCGUCCUGCUUUUCGCUUAUCUCCAGCGGAUCAAGAAGGAGAAGCUCCAAAAGGCCGUUGACAGUGCUGCCCAGAAGGCCAAGACGAGCAUGCCGGCGACCUUGAAAUGA